AUGGCUAUCAACUUCUUCGAAGAGACUGGGGAACCCGUCCAGCUCUCUUCUCACUCUAAUGUCCACAUAGAAGAUAAAGCUUCAAACUCGUUGGACGACGCAUCAAUGCCUAUUGCCAUUAUUGGCAUGGGAUUUCGAGGGUCCGGUGAUGCCAGCAGCGUCGAAAAGCUAUGGAAAAUGAUCCUCGAAGGCCGGGAAGCAUGGAAUCAGAUACCCGAGUCGAGAUGGAACAGUCAUGCGUUUUACCACCCAGACCAUGCGAGGCACGGCACUAUCAAUGUCCAAGGCGGCCACUUUCUGACAGAAGAUGUAUCCCUUUUCGAUGCGCCCUUUUUCAACAUGACGAGUGACGAGGCAGCGGCGAUGGAUCCCCAGCAGCGGUUAUUGCUCGAAGUGACCUAUGAAGGACUAGAGAACGCCGGUAUACCGCUUCCCGAUAUUAUGGGAAGCCAAACAUCCUGUUUCGUUGGGUCUUUCAAUGCGGACUACACAGAUCUCCUUCUUCGCGACCCCGAUGCUAUCCCCAUGUAUCAGUGCACCAAUGCCGGCCAGUCGCGCGCCAUGAUGGCAAACCGAGUGUCAUACUUCUUCGACCUAAAGGGGCCUAGCGUCACAGUUGAUACAGCUUGCUCGGGAAGUCUAGUCGCCCUGCAUUUGGCGUGUCAGACGUUGCGCACUGGCGAUGCUGCGAUGGCAAUUGCGGCUGGAGUAAACGUGAUUCUCAGCCACGAAUUCAUGUCCACAAUGACCAUGAUGAAAUUCCUGUCACCCGAUGGACGCUGCUACACAUUCGACGAAAAUGCCAACGGAUAUGCUCGUGGCGAAGGGAUCGGGUGUUUGAUCUUGAAGCCGCUGAAAGACGCCAUCAGAGAUAAAGACCCUAUCCGAGCCGUCAUUAGGGGUUCUGGGUCAAAUCAAGAUGGCAGAACUCCCGGCAUCACUCUCCCAAGUGGAGCGUCACAGGAGGCCUUGAUUCGCCAUGUUUACAGCAUGGCAGGCCUUCAUCCACAUGAUACAGAAUUCGUCGAAACGCACGGCACAGGAACUCAAGCAGGAGAUCCAAUUGAGACAGGAGCGCUCGCGAGAGUGUUUUGCGCGGAUAGAAAUUCAGACAGGCUACUGCGCAUUGGGUCCAUCAAAACAAACGUGGGGCAUCUGGAAGGAACAAGCGGAGUCGCGGGCGUAAUCAAGGCAGUGUUGAUGCUCGAGAACCGCACCUUCCUCCCCAACCGCAACUUCACUUCCCUCAACCCGCGCAUCCUGCUAGACGAAUGGAAGCUCAAGGCAUGA